CCAUUCUCUGGCCAAGGCUCAGGGGUGGUGUUUAAGCCUUGAGUAUAGAAAAAUGUGAGGACUGUCCACAGACAAUACAUGUCUGACUUAGGUUCCAAACCAGGUCACAGACUCAGUCUCUGUUGGUACCCUCCCCUAUUGAGAGCAAUUUAUGAGAUCUGGUGCCUGAGACCUGGUUUGAUGUGGUGAUGACGGAAGCCAUCUUGACAGGGCCUAGGAGGUCUCCGUGGAUUUUACUGAUUUUAGGCCACCUUCUGGGAAACUUCCCCUGAGGAGAAAUUCAUCUUCCGUUUGUGCUGCCUUAUGUGUCACUGCUUUCCAUCCUGGAAACUGCUGCAUGCAAAAGUGUGGGAUUUAUUCUUGUCUAGGGGAGGAAGCCAUGCCUUGUUUCUCCUCUUUUUGCCUCAGAUAUUAGGCCAUUUUUCUGUGAGACAUUUUGCUUGGUAUUUUAGAGGCCCUAGAAUCUUCUCAGAAUCAGAAUAUGUGCCCAUAGGUUAGUCAGCUAUGACCAUGCAGUAUUCACACACACACACACACACACACACACCCCUCCCAGCCAUCUGCUUCCUCUGAAUAUACCAGAUUGGCUGUACACCAGGAUGUUCCGGGAAUCCCCAGGAAAGCAACAGAAUGUGAUGGACUCAAAUACGAUGCCUCAGUAACUCAUUCCAGGAUGUACAAACUGUAACUGUUAUGACAUUCUGUAUAGCUAAUUAAAAAAUGUCUAGGUGUAUGUAUUUUGUAUGACAUCCAAAAGGCCAGAGUAACUCCUCUGAUAGAUGACCCCCAUUGUUUCUCAGAUAGGCUUCCAUAUUCCAAAUAGGAUUUAAAAAAAAAAAAAAUUCCUAAUCCACUAGUUUCUGUGUCCUCUCUGGUUCUAAAAUGGCCAGUGUGGCCUCUCUAGCACUUCCUAGCCCUAUCUGUGGUACUGAGGUAGCCAAAGUGUGACCUCUGCUAGCCCACUGCACUCUCCAUGGUACUGAAGGAAUGGCCAUUUGUUUUAACAUCUUUUGGGUGACUUAUAACCACACAACUUUCCAGUUGGCAGGGACCGUAAAUGUAAAUUUAGCGCAGCUCAUUUCACAGAGGCUAAGUGACUCACUGAAGGCUGUAAGGGUGAGGCUUGCAGUAAACAGCCUUGCACACCUUGGUUGUGCUCUAACUCAGCCUUUCUCAGGUCCCAGGGAAGGGUUUAUUUGGAGGACCCGGAGGGCAAGAAUGGCUGGCCUGAAUUUGGACCCACAGAAACAACAUCUUACCUGACAGUGGUUGUCUAGUGAUGCUCUGGCAGGCCAUUUUGUUAGUUCACCUGUUAAUGUGCUCCUAAGUGAGGUUCUGCCUGUGACAGGUGUUUGCCCCUUUCCAGAGUCUUGGCACAUUCACUAAAUAUUGAAAAUUAAGCUUUGGACGUCCAGUCUUUUCUUUGCUGAUAAGCAGGGCUACUGCGUGUCCCAGUUCUUUUUGAUUAAACAUUUGUAAGUAAAGUAAUGCUGGAGUCCUCUUCUUUCUCAGCAACCCAUUUCAGUUUCAUAAUUCUCAUUGUAAGGAAGUUUAUUAUCAAAUGUUAUGUCUGAGGUUAAAGGAAAAGAAGGCCAGGCCCAAGUUCAUCUGCCCUGAACAAGAUACAAUUCUAUAUGCAAGGAGGAGGGUAGAUUGGAUGACUUCUGGUCAUCUGCUAAAGCCUAAAUUCCAUGGCCUUGUCUGCAGUUAAAUAUCAGGAAAUCCUCCCACCACCAUCCUCUUCCUCAGCUCUCUUCUUCCCAGCCCUGUGCAGCACUUGUCAGGCUAGGAAUUUUAGAUGGAGAAUUUUAACCCCUUCCUGCUCAGAGCAUGUGUGGAUCCCCUAUCUGUGCAGAUGGCAAGGCCCCGCCCCCCGUCCCUCACUCCAGCCUCUUGAGCUCAGAGCCAGUGUAAUCCUCCUCUUGUGUGAGGAAGCCUCUCCCCUGCGGAGAGGAGGAAAGCCUGCUUCGGAACAGCUCUGGACAAAGGGGCUGAGAUGCCCCAUCAAACCACAGCCUCCAAGCACCUCCGCACCUGUUGCCUUCAUUAGCAGCUUUUCUUCCUCCUCCUUCCAAUCCUCAGAACCAAAGAAUGUGAAGGGGGUCCAUGGAGGGCUCACGUCCCCGCAUCCUGGUCGGCCCCCUGGAGCCUUCCCCACCAACCUUCGACGGCGAGCUGGAUCUGCAGCGCUACUCCAACGGGCCAGGCGUGAGCGCCGGGUCACCUGGGAUGGGAGCAGUGGGCUGGUCUGAGACAGGCGGACGGCGCUUCCCUUGUCCCGUGUGCGGAAAGCGCUUCCGAUUCAAUUCCAUCCUGGCUUUGCACCUGCGAGCCCAUCCGGGAGCCCAAGCCUUCCAGUGCCCACAUUGCGGCCACCGUGCAGCCCAGCGUGCUCUGCUGCGCUCGCAUCUCCGAACGCACCAGCCUGAGCGUCCACGCAGCCCUGCUGCACGGCUGUUGCUGGAGUUGGAGGAACGCGCCUUGCUACGGGAAGCCCGACUAGGGAGAGCCAGAAGCUCAGGAGGCAUGCAGUCCAGCCCUGCGGCAGAGGGCCUGGCACGCCCUCAGGUUCCCUCCUCAUCUGCCUUCCGUUGCCCUUUCUGCAAAGGCAAGUUUCGCACCUCAGCGGAGCGGGAACGCCACCUGCAUAUCCUGCACAGGCCCUGGAAGUGCAGCUUGUGUAGUUUUGGCUCCAGCCAGGAGGAGGAGUUGCUGCACCACAGUCUGACGGCCCACGGGGCUCCCGAGCACCCCCUGGCGGCUGCUUCUACGCCUGAACUCCAGCCUCCACCCCAGCCAGAACCCAGAUCUGCCCUUGAGCCUGAGCCUGAGCCUGAGCCUAGGCCAGAGCCUGAGCGUGAGGCGAACCCUGCCCCGACUCCUGCACCUCCGGAGGAGCCCCCUGCGCCACCUGAGUUCCGUUGCCAGGUGUGCGGCCAGAGUUUUACACAGUCCUGGUUUCUCAAGGGUCACAUGCGCAAGCACAAGGCCUCCUUUGAUCAUGCAUGCCCUGUGUGUGGCCGCUGCUUCAAGGAGCCCUGGUUCCUUAAGAACCACAUGAAGGUGCACACCAGCAAGCUGGGUCCUUUGCGUACCCCAGGGCCUGCCUCUGCGCCUGCCAGAGCCCCGCAACCUCCUGACCUGAGCCUGCUGGCUUACGAGCCGCUGGGCCCUGCGCUCCUCCUGGCCCCAGCUCCCAGCCCUGCUGAGCGCCGAGAGCCCCCGAGCCUCUUAGGCUACUUGAGUGUACGAGCCGGGGAAGUACGGCCCAACGGUGAGGGCGCCGAGUCUGGAGGUGGACGAAGCUAUGGAGGAUACCGCCCGCUGCCUUCAGCCCCUCCCAACCGGGCUCGGCGACACCGCACAGAGGAACCAGAGGAGGAAGAGGAGGUGGGGGAGGCAGAAGAGGAGAGCUGGGCCCGAGGCAGGUCGCUGGGCUCUCUGACUUCCCUGCACCCCCACCCAGGUGAGGGGUCAGGACAGUCUGCACCUGCCGUGGGGGCCCAGGCGAGAUCGACGGCCACCCAAGAGGAAAACGGGCUGCUGGUUGGAGGGACAAGAUCCGAAGCUGGCCGAGGGGCCACUGGCAAGGACUGCCCCUUCUGUGGAAAAUCUUUCCGCUCGGCGCAUCACCUGAAAGUGCAUCUUCGAGUGCACACAGGUGAGCGUCCCUACAAGUGCCCACACUGCGACUACGCAGGUACCCAGUCGGGCUCGCUCAAGUAUCACCUCCAGCGUCACCACCGAGAGCAGAGGAGCAGUGCAGGGCCUGGGCCUCCUCCAGAACCCCCGCCCCCUUCCCAGCGGGGCGCAGCCUCACUGCAGCCGCAGUCAGGAGCCAAGCCAGCCCAGGCCUCUGCCACCUGGCUAGAGGGCACUGCAAGUACCCGGCCUCCUUCGAGCAGCACCGGGCCAGGGUCCCGCAGGAAGCCCGCCAGCCCUGGGAGGACCCUGCGCAACGGGCGAAGCGGUGAGGCCGAACCCCUGGACUUGUCCCUACGGGCAGGGCCGGGAGGCGAGGCCGGGUCAGGGGGUGCCCUUCACCGCUGCCUCUUCUGCCCCUUUGCCACUGGAGCUCCCGAGCUUAUGGCCUUGCAUCUGCAAGUACACCACAGCCGUCGGGCUCGGGGCCGCCGGCAGCCCCGAGUUGACACUUCUCCACCCUAUGUCCGAGCACCAUCAGGAGAGACCCCUCCCAGCCCUCCCCUAGAAGAGGAGGGCAGCCCAGGGCUGUCUAGGUCCGGAGAGGCUGGUCUUGGGGGUCAAGAGCGAUAGGGAGCCCUCUUAGGAGUGAUUAGCUUAGUAAGCUUACCCCGCAGGAGCGGGGAAGUGCUAGAGGUAGUUGGGUAGAGCAGCCAGCAGGGAGCAGUGUGGGACCCGUAUCCCAGCCCAAGGUGGACCAAGAGGUAAAGUGGACAGUGGGUAAAGGAGGGUGGGCAGGCAGUACCCACCCAGCCCAGGGGAGUCACAGUGCCUUAGAAGUGGCAGAGGUGAGGGUCAAAGAACGGGGUCCUAGGGCUGGUAGAGGAUGUGUUCCUGUUGAGGAGCCACUCUGCCAGUUUCUGCUGGUCCAUAGGCAUGAGAGUUUAUUUUUGUAUAAGGGGUGGGGGUGGGGGCACUGUACCCUUCUAGCCCUAUCAGGGGCCCUGUAGACGUUGCUAUUUUUGGUACGAUUCCUGUCAUCCCUGUUGAAGAGUCAUGUCCCCAAUAAACAGGUGUCCUGAGGCACAA